AUGGAUCAUGCCUGCGACCUCCCCGACUCCACAGAUUGGCUCAGCACACCCAUCCCCAAGCUUGCCCGUGUAGAAUCUGCUCUACGAUGUCAAGUAUGCAAAGACUUCUUCGAUAACCCCGUCAUCACCUCUUGUUCUCAUACCUUUUGCUCGCUAUGUAUACGCCGCUGCCUAAGUACAGAGGGCAAAUGUCCUGCGUGCAGAAGUGGGGACCAGGAACUCAAGCUGCGACGGAACUGGGCUAUGCAGGAGAUGGUGGACUCAUUUAAGCUGGCCAGACCUAGUGUUUUGGAGUUUGCGAGGAGCGCUACUGUGAGGCGGGACCAGGGCGUGGAAAUGCCUAUGGCGAAGAGGAGGAAGAUAGAGACUGCGACGUCUUUGGGGCUGGAGAAGGGCAAGGCAGCAAUGGGCGCUGAUGGGAGGAGGACACGCUCGCAGAGCAAAAGGACUGAGGAUCGGGCUCAACAGGUGCAAGUGGAGGUUAUUGAAGAUACGGAGGAUGAAGACUUUGAACCAGAUGACGGCCUUGUCGCAUGCCCUAUCUGCAGCAGAAGAAUGAAAAAUGAGGCUGUUUUCACACAUUUGGAUACCUGCACUGGGUCUUCGGCAUCACCAAAAACCUCGUUAUCAUUUGGACCCUUACGAACCCCCGCCCUUCCGCCUCAACAAUCAGUUCCGGCACAUAAUCUAAAACGUCUCCCAACAAUAAACUACUCACUCCUAAAAGAGACGGUCCUGCGGCGGAAGCUCAAGGAGCUAGGAAUCCCCGAAUGGGGCCCCAAACCUCUCUUGCAGAAGAGGCACACAGAAUGGAUGAACAUAUGGAAUGCAAACUGUGAUUCCAGGGUCCCGAAACCAAAACGAGAAUUGCUCAGGGAGCUCGAUAUAUGGGAGCGGACGCAAGGCGGUCAGGCACCGAUUGUUUCUAGCCUCGCAACUUCUCAUUCAGUCAUGCGGAAGGAUUUCGAUGUCUCCGCGUGGUCCACGACGCAUGCUGAUGACUACAAAACACUCAUCGCCAACGCGCGCAUGAAAAAGGCGCAAAUUGCUCACGUUACCCUAUCCAAACCGCCAUUGCCAGAUAACGAAAGUGCGGAUAGCAAUGAAGAUCAUACAUCCGACUCGACUGUUGCUGGACAGACUCCACCUGGCAGCCAACGACACAGUCAGAAAGUCGAGCAUGAACCGAAGCAUCAUUCGUUAGCUGGUGGGGUAAAUGAGAUUAAUGGAGAAGGUAAUAGUACUGGCAUGGAGCCCGAUAGACCGCCAAUUGUAGAAGACGCCGUGGCAUGA